AUGAAAACUGAUCUACGACGUCUUGCCAUUUAUAUUAUAGAACCCUUAUUGGGCAAGUCGAAGAAACUCGACCACAAAAGUAUCGUUUUGAUAUUUGUGGGUCUGGCUCUCGCUGUUUUCGUCGCCAGUCUCGAUGAGACUAUAGUUGCAACCGCUGCCGUCAGCAUUGUCUCCCAAUACAAGGCAUUUCACCUCUACUCGUGGAUUUCAGUCUCUUAUCUCGUAUGUUUGAACGCCGCUCAACCGCUGUAUGGCAAACUCUCCACUGUAUUUGGGCGAAGACCUGCUGUCCUUUUUGGCUUGACCGUUUUUCUUGCUGGUAGCGUCGGAUGCGCUUGGGCGCCAAAUAUCCAGUUGUUCCUCGUUUCACGGUGUGCCGCUGGCGUUGGUGCUGGUGGGAUGACCAAUAUGGCCUUCAUUAUUGUCUCUGAUAUCUUUCCACUCAAGGAACGCCCAAAAUACCAGAGUAUCUUGAUGAGCUCCUUCGGGGCUGCCAAUGUCUGUGGCCCAGUGCUGGGAGGAGUAAUCACAAAAAUGAUGGGCUGGCGCUGGUGCUUUAUUAUCAACAUUCCGAUUUGCCUUGUCACGUUUCUUGCCGUUGGCAUAUUUUUGCGUCUUCCUCGACCUGAAGGUCAGCUGAAUGCCAGCAUCAGACACGUUGACUUUGCUGGAGCAUUUACCCUCGUUGCCAGUGUAGUUGGAUUCAUGAUUCCUAUGACUCUAGGUGGUGACUACUUUGCAUGGAAUUCACCGGCCAUUUACGCUAUGCUUAGCACCGCUGUUAUCAGUCUAGUCUCAUUCUUUCUCAUUGAGAAAUAUGUUGCAGUUGACCCUAUUGUCCCUUUGAGACUCCUUAAGAACCGGAGUCUUGUUGGCGCUUGGUUAACUCUCUUCUUUUAUGGCAUGGUGUUUUUCUCUAUGAUGUACUAUCUGUAA